UCCCGAGCUUCAUCCUCAGGAUUGGCAGCGUGCACUCCGAGUUCCAUUUGCCUUCUGAGAUUUGCCCUUCUUAGGGAGAGCACUCAGGAGAUCAGGAAAAUGACCACGGAGCUCCUGAAAGCCAAAAAAGAGGCAUUCGUGGCAUUACGAGAUGUGGCUGUUGGCUUCACCCAGGAGGAGUGGAAAUUGUUGAGCCCUGCUGAGAGGACCCUGCACACGGAGGUGAUGCUGGAGACUUACAACCACUUGGUCUCACUAGACAUUCUGUUUUCCAAACUGGAACUCAUUUGUCAGCUGGAACAAGGGGAAGAGCCCUGGAUAGAGGAGAGGCAACAUUCACUGGGUCUGUGUCCAGGAUCAAAGCUAGAAAUUUAGCCUUGUCUCACCUGUCCUUUGGCAUUCUCUUGCCAGCAAGCCCUCAUCCAGCAUGUGUGGUUCAGUCAUCUCCCUCAGUUAUUCUCAAGCUUAGGUGUAGGAAAUCAUCUCCAUUCAGGGAAACGCUGUUCAGAAGAUCACAGACAGCAGCAGGAGCAACUCUUUGAUCAAACCUGCUCGAGCCACCAAGCAGAAAUUCAAGAGAGAGAAGAAGAUUCCAAGCUUUUGUUCAGGAGAAUAAGCAAAAGCAGCGCUUCAAAGGCAAUCUCCAGCCCCCCAGAAGAACAGCCAGUAAUAUCCAAGGAAGACAACACAGUGGUGGAUAUAGGGCCCAACCUGGUCCAGAGGACAGACCUCGAGGAAACAGACAAAAUAUUAUGUGGUUUAGAAAUCUCAAGAUUUGGAGAAAUCAAAUAUGGAAAGUUUGGGCUAGGCUUUAUCAAGGAGUCAAACCAGCUCAGCCUCCAGAAGACACACACAAGAGAGACCGCUUACAUGUACACUGAGCGGGGACAAAACUUCAGCAGUACGUCAGUCCUCAUCAAAAACCAAAGGACACAUUCUGGGCAAAAGCCUUAUGUAUGUACAGAAUGUGGACGAGGCUUUACCUGGAAGUCAAACCUCAUCACACACCAGAGGAUACACUCUGGGGAGAAACCAUAAAUGUGCAAGGAGUGUGGACGAGGCUUUACUUGGAAAUCAAACCUCUUCAUGCAUCAGAAGACACACUCAGGGCUCAAGCCUUAUGUGUGCAAGGAGUGUGGCCAGAGCUUUAGCCUGAAGUCAAAUCUUGUCACACACCAGAGGGCACACUCUGGGUAGAGGCCUUACAUUUGCAAGGAGUGUGGGCAUGGCUUUCACCAGCAUUCACACCUCAACAGACAUAAGAGGACACACUCAGGAGAGAAGCCUUAUGUUUGCAGGGAGUGUGAGCAAGGCUUUAGCCAGAAGUCACACCUCAUUUGACACUUAAGGACACACACAGGAGAGAAACCUUAUGUGUGCACAGAAUGUGGGCGUCAUUUUAGCUGGAAAUCAAACCUCAAGACACACCAGAGGACACACUCAGGGGUUAAACCUUACAUGUGCCUGGAGUGUGGGCAGCGCUUUAGUCUGAAGUCAAACCUCAACAAACACCAGAGGUCACACACAGGGGAGAAGACAUUUGUAUGCAGGGAAUGUGGGAGAGCCUUUACCCUGAAGUCAACCCUCAUCACACACCAGAGGACACAUACAGAGGAGAAGCCAUUUGUAUGCAGGGAGUGCAGGCGAGACUUUAAUGAUAAGUCUACUCUUGUCUCACACCAGAGAACACAUUCAGGGGAAAAGCCUUUCAUAUGUAGGGAGUGUGGUAGAAGGUUUAGUCAGAAGCCAAACCUUAGGCACAAGAGGGCACACUCAGGGGAUAGCCCCUUUGUGUACAGGGAGUAUGGACAAGAGUUUUAUGAUAAGCUAACUUUCAUUACACACCAGAGGGCACACUCAGGGGGGAAACCUCAUGUGUGCAAGAAGUGUGGGCAAGGCUUUAGCCGGCAGUCACACCUCAUUAGACAUCAUAGGAUACAUUCAGGAGAGAAGUCUAACAUUUUUAGUAAGUGUGGGCGAGGCUUUAGUUGGAAAUCAAACCUCAUCAGACAUCAGAGGACACAUGCAGGAGAGAAACUUUGUGUGUACACAGCAGUGAAACCUUUAGCCAGUAGUCACACUGCAUGGGACAAUGGAAGUCCCAUCCAGGGCUGUAGCUUCAGUAAUAAGUUAGCCAUUGGCUAACACUAAAACAGAGACAUCUAUGUGUGAUGGGAGUGUUCAUGAGACUAAUGGUAAGGGUCAGUAUCUCCAUUCCACCUGAAGGAGAAUUGUUGCUGGCCUGUUUUCAGGGGCUCUGGUUUUCCCUACUGGGGAUGGUAGAUUUUGGAAGGUCUCUCAGGUAACUUGAUGGAGAGAGUACUUAAGUAGGUUGAAAUUAGAGAAUUGAUAUGAUUCCAAUAUACUUCCCAAGUAUACUUGAACACUUCUUCCACAGUAUCCUGGAUGUUGUAACAGCAGUUUUAGAGCCCAUCUCUUGAUGUCUGUUUGACCUGAGAACAAGAGACAGAAACCAUGGCUGAUUUAAUGCUGGUUCCACAGAGCCAUGACCCAGCAGAGUCAGCUUCAGUUAAAGUUUGGAAUAUGGUCAGCUCAUGGGGAUAAGAGAUAAUGCAUGGGUAGAGGGUUUUAUUAUACAAAGGGCUGACAGGUAAGAAAGAUUGUAAGUAUCCUAGCUCUAAGUUUGGGAAGAGUUAUCCAUUUUUGGAAAUAUCAUAUCUUUGCUUACUUCCUGGGACUCUCUGGUUUCCAGGUUGAAUCCAUACUGUAGAUACUUUUGUUGACUGAGUCUAUUUAGACUGGAAAUGUAUUACACAGUGUUAUAAAGAAAAUAUGCACACAUAUACAGAAAUGUAAAAUGAAAUUAUUUUCUAUUCUUUUUUGAGUUACAAUAUCCCAUUAGUAAUUAUUUGGUUUAAAUUUUUCCAACCGUUGUAAAAUAUACUACUUUUUUGGUUGA